ACCAGCUUCAGCAGAAGCUGCGCAUCCCAAGGCAGUUAUUUAGCCUGAUAGGAAGGAGCUUGACCCUCGUUGCCUGCAUGUUAGGUAUGUACAUGGCACACAGCGUGUACUUCAAGUUCUCGCCACGCGUCGGUCAGAAAUGCAGGCACGGCCAUUGGAUAAGGUGCGUCUUUGCGCAUCGUCGCUGGUAUGCGACCGGGGUUCCCGCAUGCGCCGUUGUUCAUUCAGAUGGGUCAUGACGCGACAAGUUGCUGACGACCCGUCUGCGGGCAGUGUGGACGCUCCCCGAUGGCUCGCACCAUGCAAGCGACGCACAGCUCGAAUUUCGUUGUGGCAAGUGGCUGCUCACGUCUUCCUACCUGCUCCCUCGUCAAUAGGCGGACUGGAAACAGUGUAUUUGCGCGGGUAGACUGCUUUCAUGCCAACUUUAGAAUGUCUUUCACUUUACCGCUCAGCCGCCUACUCUAACCUCGAACUGCCACGGUCACAUGAGAAGACAACCGCGCCGGAACCGUGGGGAUGCCAAGACCAUCUUCAAG